UCGUGUAUAUAUGUCAACACUAAAAACUGCCAUAAAAAAAUGUUUAUCAGCUAUUCGCAGGCUUAAUAUUGAAAAUAUAUCAAAUAUAGAACCUAAUGUUAAUAUAGCUUAUAGUAAAAUUGACAAGGCUGUCAAAAGAAAAAUUUAUUAUCAUCUAAUUAAUACACUUAAUAUAACAAGCAAAAAUCACAAUCAAUAUCGUCAUCAAUACGCUUUAACUGAUUUAAUAGAAAUUCAGAAAACAAGCUUUUACUGGUUUUUAAAAGAAGGUCUAAUUGAAGAAAUAGAAAAAUUUUCCCCUAUCAUUGAUUUUGAUAAAAAAUUCAUAAUAUAUUUCUCAGCAAAAAAUUUUAAAUUAAAAUACCCAAAACACAAACCAGAAGAGGCUAAAAACAAAGAAAUAACUUAUGGAGCUAAACUUUAUAUUCCUUUUACUUUAAAAAAUAAUCUAACAGGAGAGAAUAUUGAUUCUCGUUUAGAUGUAGGAGAAAUGCCUCUAAUGACAGAUAGAGGAACUUUCAUUAUAAAUGGUUCCGAAAGAGUUGUAGUUAAUCAAAUAGUACGUAGUCCUGGUAUUUAUUAUAAGCUAGAAUACGAUAAGUAUAAUAACCCUAUAUACAGUGCAACUCUAAUUCCACAUAGAGGCUCUUGGUUAAAAUUUGAAUUAGACAAAAAUAAUCUAGUAUGGGUUAAAUUUGAUCAAAUAAAUAAAGUAUUUCUUGCAUCUUUUUUUAAAGCAUUAGGUUUCAAAAAAAAAGAAAUUUUAGAAAAUAUAAAACAUGUUAAAUACUUUGAAGAAAAACUUUUAAAGUUUUAUGACAAGCCUAAAGAAAGAGAAAUAAUUGAAAUCUAUCAGUCUAUGCAGAUGUUUGAAGAUGAGAAAGGAAAUUUGAUUAAUAAAUUUGCUGAUAGAAAGAAAUAUGAUUUAGGUAAAAUCGGAAGGAUAAAAUUAAAUAAAAAACUAAAUUUAGAUAUUUUAGAUACUAUAAGAACAAUAACAAAUAAAGAUAUAUUAGCAAUUGUAGAUUAUUUAGUUGGUCUAUCUUUUGGUAUUGGUAAAAUAGAUGAUAUAGAUCAUCUUUCUAACAGACGUAUAAGAUCUGUAGGUGAACUACUACAACAUCAAUUUAGAAUUGGACUAAGCAGAAUUGAACGUAAUAUUAAAGAUAAAAUUACCACUUCUAAUGAUGAAGAUAUUGCUCUAAAAACUAUCGUUAACGGUAAACCCUUAUUAAUGGCUAUAAAGGAAUUUUUCAAUUCUAGCCAGCUUUCUCAAUUUAUGGAUCAAGUUAAUCCUCUAGCAGAAUUAACACAUAAACGUAGAAUCAGUGCAUUAGGGCCUGGUGGCUUAAAUCGUGAUCAUACUGGGUUUGUUGUUAGAGAUAUACAUCCAAGCCAUUAUGGUCGUAUUUGUCCAAUUGAAACACCUGAAGGAACUAAUGCAGGUUUAAUUGGUUCUUUAGCACUUAAUGCUAGAGUUAAUAAAUAUGGGUUUAUAGAAGCUCCUUUUUAUAACGUAGAACAGGGAAGAGUAUGCUAUGAAAAGGCAAUUUCAUAUUUAAAUGCUGAAGAAGAAGAUGAAUUCAAAAUUGCACCAGCAGAUAUUUUAGUCGAUGAUAAUGGACAUAUUAAAGGAGAUAUUAUACCGGUUCGCUAUUAUCAAGAAUUUAUCACCGCUUCUCCUGAAGAAGUAGAUUAUAUUGCUAUUUCUCCUGUACAAAUUCUGUCAGCAGCAACUUCAUUAAUUCCAUUUGUUGAGCAUGAUGACGCGAACAGAGCCUUAAUGGGAUCUAAUAUGCAACGACAAGCUGUACCGCUAUUAUAUCCUGAAAGACCUAUAGUAGGAACAGGACUAGAAACACAAAUUGCUAGAGACUCUGGAAUGGUUAUCGUAAGUGAAGAUGAUGGUGAAGUUACUGAAGUUACAGCCAAUACAAUUGUAAUAAAAACUUCUAAUAAUCAGUAUAAAAAAUAUAUAUUACAAAAAUACCAGAGAUCAAAUCAAGAUACUUGUAUUAACCAAAAGCCAAUAGUUUGGCCAGGUGAAAGAGUAAAAGUAGGUCAAGUUAUUGCAGAUGGUUCAGCAACUGAAAAAGGUUCAUUAGCAUUAGGUAAAAAUAUAUUAGUAGCUUAUAUGCCUUGGGAAGGGUAUAAUUACGAAGAUGCUUUUAUAAUAAGCGAAAGAUUAGUAUACGAUGAUAUUUAUACAUCGAUUCAUAUUGAACGAUAUGAAAUAGAAGCUCGAAUCACAAAAUUAGGAGCAGAAAAAGUUACACGUGAUAUCCCAAAUGUAGGAGAAAAUAAUUUAAAACAUUUAGAUGAAAGAGGUAUUAUUAAAAUAGGAACAUGGGUUGAAUCAGGUGAUAUACUAGUGGGCAAGGUUACACCUAAAGGUGAUUCAGAUAAUCUACCAGAAACUAGAUUAUUAAAAGCUAUUUUUGGAACAAAAAAUAGAGAAAGCAAUGUAAGAGAUUCCUCAUUAAGAAUGCCCAAUGGUAGUAGAGGUAGGGUCGUUGACAUCAAAAUAUUUGGUAAAAUAAAUGAUAUUACUGAAAGCACUAAUAUUAUAGUUAAAGUAUAUAUUGCUCAGAAAAGAAAAAUUCAAGUGGGUGAUAAAAUGGCUGGUCGUCAUGGAAACAAAGGUGUCAUUUCGAGAAUUUUACCACGAGAAGAUAUGCCAUAUCUUCCUGAUGGUACUCCUAUUGAUAUUAUUUUAAACCCAUUGGGCGUGCCUUCAAGAAUGAAUGUAGGUCAGUUAUUUGAAUGUCUUUUGGCUUUAGCAGGUUAUUAUUUAAAUAAACGAUUUACAGUUAUGCCUUUUGAUGAAAUGUAUGGUGUAGACUCAUCAAGAAAAGUAGUUAAUAAAAAAUUAAAACAAGCUAUGGAAAUUUCUGAUUUAGAAUGGUUAUUUAACAAAAAUUCUGCAGGUAAAAUUCCUCUAUUUGAUGGUAGGACAGGGGAACCUUUUGAUAAUCCAGUUACAGUCGGAAUUGCGUAUAUGUUAAAAUUAAUUCACUUAGUGGAUGAUAAAAUGCAUGCAAGAGCUACAGGGCCUUAUGCAUUAAUAACACAACAACCUUUGGGUGGUAGAGCACAAAAUGGUGGACAAAGACUAGGAGAAAUGGAAGUUUGGGCUUUAGAGGCAUAUGGAGCAGCUUAUACUUUACAAGAAUUAUUAACUAUAAAAUCUGAUGAUAUGUAUGGCAGAGUAGAAGCCCUACAUUCUAUGAUAAAGGGAAAUCCUAUACCACAAGCAGGAAUACCAGAAUCAUUUAAAGUUUUAAUAAGGGAACUACAAGCUUUAGGAUUAAAUAUAUCCACAAAUAAGAUUACUUCUGAAUUAGAAUCUUUAUCUACUAAAGCAGAAAUAGAUAUUUUAUCUCAUCAAUCAACUGAUAAUAAACUUAAUAGUAAUGAUAUGUUAAUAAUUAUUAUGAAUAAAAUAGAACAAUUAUUUGAUUAUAUAAGUAUAAGUCUAGCUCCGCCAGAAAAACUGUUAAAAUUAGGAGAACAUGCAUUACCUAAUGGUCAAAUAGUGGGAGAAGUUAAUAGCACAGAAACAAUUAAUUAUAAAACCCUAAAACCGGAAAUGGGAGGAUUAUUUUGUGAAAGAAUUUUUGGUCCUGUUAAAAAUUGGGAAUGUCAUUGUGGAAAAUAUAAAAGAUUUAGAGCGAAAAAUUUAGUUUGCGAAAGAUGUGGAGUAGAAGUCACGGAAUCUAAAGUGAGAAGAUAUAGAAUGGGUUAUAUUAAUUUGUCUACUCCUGUAACACAUAUUUGGUAUAUAAAAGGUUUGCCUAGCUAUCUGGCUAUAAUUUUAGAUAUGAGACCAAAAGAUAUUGAGCAAGUUGUAUAUUACAAUUCAUAUAUUGUAAUAAAUAUCAAAAAUAAAAAACUAAAACUAAGUAACGGUAGAUUAAUUGAAGAACGUUCUUUAUUAAAUGAAAAAGAAUGGGAAGAAUUAGAAGAUAAAAUUUAUUUAAAGGAUUCCGAAUUAGAAUCUAAUGAGAAUAAUGAAACUUGUGAUGAAAUUUCGGCUCCAGAAAUUGAUGCAGAAAAAGCUAUUGAAAUAGAAAUAGGAAUUGGAGCUGAAGCAAUAAAAAAAUUACUAACUAAUUUAAAUUUAGAUAUAGAAGAGGAAAAAUUAAGAAAAUCUAUUAGUUAUAUUGAUGAUCAGCUUGAACUUGCUAAAGCUAUAAGACGUCUAAGACUUUUACAAAAUCUUAUAAGCUCUCAAACAAAUCCUGCAUGGACUGUAUUAGAAGUAUUACCAGUAUUACCACCUGAUUUAAGACCAAUGAUACAAUUAGAUGGAGGACGUUUUGCUAGCUCGGAUUUAAAUGAUCUAUACAGAAAAGUAAUUCACCGUAAUAAUAGAUUAGUGAAAUUACAAGAGAUUCUAGCACCAGAAAUAAUAAUUAGAAAUGAAAAAAGAAUGUUACAAGAAUCAGUAGAUGCUUUAAUUGAUAAUGGCCGUCGUGGGAAGACAGUUGUUGGUGCAAAUAAUAGGCCUCUAAAAUCUUUAUCUGAUAUUUUAGAAGGUAAACAAGGUCGUUUUAGACAGAAUUUAUUAGGAAAACGAGUAGACUAUUCGGGAAGAUCAGUGAUUGUAGUAGAUCCCACAUUAAAACUUUAUCAAUGUGGUUUACCAAAAGAAAUGGCAAUUAUCCUAUUUGAACCAUUUAUAAUUAAUGCUUUAAUUCAUCAAGGACUAGUGUAUAAUAUAAAAGCUGCUAAAAAGCUUAUACAACGUAAUGAACACGUAGUAAUGGAAAUUCUAGAAGAAGUGAUACAAGGACAUCCUAUCUUGUUAAAUAGAGCACCAACAUUACAUCGUUUAGGAAUACAAGCGUUUGAACCUGUAAUAGUUGAGGGAAGGGCAAUUAAAUUACAUCCAUUAGUAUGUCCUGCAUUUAAUGCAGAUUUUGAUGGUGAUCAAAUGGCUGUUCAUAUACCUUUAUCAAUUGAAGCUCAAACUGAGGCAAGAAUACUUAUGUUUGCACCACAUAAUUUUUUAUCGCCUGCAACAGGUGAUCCUAUAAUUACACCAAGUCAAGACAUGGUUUUAGGCUGCUAUUACCUGACAGCUGAUAAUCCUUAUUCACAAAAUAUCAAUGAAAAUUAUUUUGCUAGUUUUGAUGAUGCUUUAAUAGCAUAUGAAAACAACUUAAUCACUUUGCAUAGCUAUAUUUGGGUACGGUUUGACGGUAUAAUAGAUGACGAAUUUAAAGAGAAUUUAAUAUUAGCGAAGAAAAUUAGCUCUAACUGCUACUUGUAUAUUUAUCCAAAUCGUCAAGUAAAAGAAUAUUUAGAUAAUAAAAUGAAAAUACAAUAUGUGCGUACUACUGUAGGCAGAAUUUUAUUUAAUACGACUAUUACUAAUACAAUGACAGAUAAUAUAAUUUCUUAUCUGGAUAGAAACUUAAUAUUUUUAAAUAGAGUAAUAAAUAAGAAUGAACUGAAACAAAUUAUUGCCUUUUUCUUUCAAAAAUAUGGUAUAACAGUUGCUACUAAAGUUGCAGAUGAGUUAAAAACAUUAGGAUUUCAUUAUGCUACUAAAGCGGGCUUAUCUUUAAGCCUAGAAGACCUAAAAGUUCCAGUAUUAAAAAGGGAAUUAAUUGAUAAUACUGAUUAUCAAAUUCAACAGACAGAAAAUAAAUAUCUUAGGGGUGAAAUUACUAUUGUAGAAAGAUUACAAAAAGUAGUUGAUACAUGGAAUAACGCUAGUGAAGACUUAAAAAAUGAGUUAGUUAAUUAUUUUAUUCAUAGAGACCCCUUGAAUCCUAUUUAUAUGAUGGCUUUUUCUGGUGCUAGAGGUAACAUUUCACAAGUUAGACAAUUAGUAGGAAUGCGUGGUUUAAUGGCAGAUCCUCAAGGUCAAAUUAUUGAUUUACCAAUUAAGAGUAAUUUUAGAGAGGGAUUAAAUUCUACAGAAUAUAUUAUAUCUUCAUAUGGAGCUCGUAAAGGUAUAGUAGAUAUAGCACUUAGAACAGCUGAUUCUGGUUAUUUGACGAGAAGAUUAGUUGAUGUAGCGCAAGAUUAUAUUAUUAAGUCCCGGGAUUGUGGCACGAAACAAGGCAUAUAUUUAACAGAUUUAAAAGAUAAUGAUAGAGUAAUUAUUCCACUUGAAAAGAGAUUAAUAGGAAGAGUUUUAGCAGAACAAAUAUAUGAUGUUUAUACUCAGGAAAUUAUAGCAAAUUAUAACCAAGAUAUUUCACCUAAGUUAGCUGAAAAAAUUGUAGCACUUGGAAUUAAGGAAGUAUUUAUUCGUUCUCCUUUAACUUGUGAAUCAAAACAGGGUGUUUGUCAGCUUUGUUAUGGAUGGAAUUUAGCAUAUAAUAAAAUAGCUGAUAUUGGUGAGGCCGUAGGUAUUAUUGCAGCUCAGUCUAUUGGGGAGCCUGGAACGCAAUUAACUAUGCGAACUUUUCAUACGGGAGGGGUUUUUACUGGACAAUUAGCAAAACAAAUUAGAGCACCUUUUGAAGGUAGAAUUUUACCAUUCGGCCUAAAGAAGACUUCAUUAACUAGAACAAGAUAUGGUGACAAGGCUUUAUUAAUUGAAGACAAUGUAACUAUAACAAUUCAAAGUGAUAGUAAUGUAAAAGAAUCAUUUGAGCUCAAACCAGGUGUUAUCUUAUUUGUAACUUCUAAUCAAUUAGUAAAAAAAAAUGAUUUAAUUGCAGAAUUUCCAUUAAGUAGCCGUCUAAUUACAGAAAAUGCUAAUAAGAGAGUUAUUACUGAUCUCUCAGGUGAAGUGUAUUUUAGUAAUCUUAUUGUUGAAGAAAAAAUAGAUUUAAAUCAAGACAAGAAUGAAUAUAUAAAAAGAAUAACUAGAAAUGAUGGAACAAUUUGCAUUUUAGCAGGAGAAAUAUAUAAUUUACCUUUAGAUUCUAAAAUUAACGUACAUAAAGCUGAAUAUAUACAUAAAGGACAAAGCUUAGCCACACUUGAAUUAGUUAGUCAAUUUGGAGGUAAACUUCAUAAGUUAUAUAAUAGUCAAUUUGAAGAAGAUAUAAAUGCUGAAUUAGCUCAUGCUUCAAUUCUUUAUGAUGGAAUUGAAACAUUAUAUGUUGAUAAAUCUAAUAUUAAUGAACAGUAUAUUUUUCAAACAGUAAAUAAUAGAAAAUUUAUUCUUAAAACUAAUCCUGGUAAUUAUAUCUAUAAUAAUAGAUUUGAAAUUUUUGGGGAAGAAAUUCUUGAUAAAUAUCGUACUGAAACGGGUGGAAUUAUAAAAUAUGAUACGAUUAAAACUUCAAAACGUAUAAAAGAUAAUGAGGGAUAUGAAUUGCUAGAAGAAGGGACUUUGUUUUGGAUUCCUGAAAUUACAUAUGAGCUAAAUAUAGAUCAUUCAUUGCUGAAAGUAAAAAAUGGAGAAUUUAUAAAGUCAUCUCAUUUAAUAACUGAUCAAAUCUCAGCCCCUUAUGAUGGGAUUAUCGAGAUUAUAAAAAAACAUAAUAUGGUUAAAGAAGUUAUUCUAAAAAUAGGCACUCUUUAUCCAAUUAAAGAUGAUAAAUUGGUUAAAAUAAUAAAAAAGCAAAAUAAACAAAUUAUAUACAAGGAUAAUUUUUUAUUUCAAAUUUUUAAUAUAAAACAUAUUGACAUAGCUUUUAUCGAAAUUUAUGAAUAUUCAUCAACAAAUUACUUAUUGAUUAGACAUGCUUAUCCAUAUGAGAUCAAAAAAAACACUGAAAAUUUCUUUAGUAUUCAAAGAUUUUCACAAGAAAUUACUUCUUUAUUAAUUUUUAAUAAGAUUUACUUAAGAUAUAAAGAUGGACAAAGAAUAAAAUCAUUAACUGGAAUAAAUUUAGUUAAAAACAUAUGGAUAUGUAAAUUACAAUCUAAUUUCUCAUAUUUUAAAAUAAAUUUUGAACUUAUUAAAAAUAAAAUCGGAAAAAUUAAUAAACUAGAAAUAGUAUUUUUAGAGCAUAUUAGUCUAAAAAAACAAAAUUCUAUCAAAUCUAAUAAAAAUUUAACUUCAACAAAAAUUCUAGUAGAUCUAAAACAAAUAUUAAAUGCAUCUGAUAUAAUUGCUCAAACAGAUAUUUUAUGUAAAGAAGAUGGUCAAGUUUUAAACAUUAAAACAGAUAAAAUACAUAGAAUAUUAAUUUUAACUGAAAAAGAUAAAAAAUCUUAUAUUAAUAAUUCGACUAAAUGGAAUGUAAAAAAAGGAGAUUGGAUUAAAGCUGGGGAUUAUAUAAGUGAUAAUGUUAUAGCAAAAGAAUCUGGACAAGUUCUGGAAUGUAAUAAUAAUUCUAUCAUUGUGCGCAAAGGGAAAGUCUAUUUAAUCUCUAUUGGAACGGUUUUACUUAUAAAAAAUCAAGAUUUUAUUCAGAAAGGAGAUACUAUUGCAGUUUUGUCCUAUGAAAGGUUUAAAACUGCUGAUAUAGUACAAGGAUUACCUAAAGUGGAAGAAAUUUUAGAGGCGAGAAGAGUGAAGGAACAAAUUCUAUUAUCUAAAGAUUGUGGUCAUUUAUACUUUGAGGAAUUAAAAAAUAUAUUAUGGAUUUUUGAUUAUAACAACUUAAAAGCUCUUACUCGGCAAAACUUAUUAGAUUCAGAGGUAGAUAAGUUACAAUUAGCGUACAUGAGUUAUGUAAACUUAGCAGAUUCAAUAAUAGAUGGUUCUUAUAACACUCAUCUACUAUUAGAUUUAUAUUUUGAGUUUUUUAUAAAACAUGUUGUAGGUUAUUUGCCUCAACAAAGAGACAUAUGCGUAGAAUUAAGUUUUAGGAAAAUACAAAAUAGUUUAAUUAAUGAAAUUCAAUAUGUUUAUCAAUCGCAAGGUGCUGACAUCUCUGAUAAACAUAUUGAAGUAAUUAUCCGUAAAAUGACUUCAAAAGUAGAAAUGACAAGUUGUGAAAUGGAUGAAAUAUAUACUGGAGAAUUGAUAAAUUUAGCACAAAUAAAAUCUAUGAAUCUAGGUAUUAAUUUACUAGAGAAAUUACAAUUUAAAAAAGAAGUAAAAAAAAGAAGGGAGAAGAAGAAGAGAAAAGAAGAAGAGAAAAGAGAAUUUAAUAAAGAAUAUAGUGAAGAUGAGCUAUAUGUGCAAUUGAAAGAAAGAGAAAAUGAAGAAGUUUUAUCUUUUGAUUAUAAACCAAUUUUAUUAGGAAUAACUAAAGCCUCAUUAACUACUAAAAGUUUUAUUUCUGCUGCAAGCUUUCAAGAAACUAGACGUGUAUUAACCAAAGCAGCUUUUGAAAAUCAUAUAGAUUGGCUAAAGGCAUUAAAGGAGAACGUAAUUAUUGGUCGUUUAAUUCCUGCAGGUACUGGGUUUAAACAAUUUUACUUAUAUGAAUAUACAAAAAAAAAUUCUGAACAAAAUAUUAUUUCUAUAAAUCCAUAUAAUUUUGAAGAUAAUAUCAUAUAUAAAUUAUUAACUAAUAAACUAGAAAAGAAUAAGAAAUUGAAUUAAUUAUGAAUUAAAAAUCUAAAAAAGGAU